CCUUCUUCCUCCCCUAUACUUCCCCCUCGUUUCCCGUUUCCAUUUCCCCCUUCUCCGAUUGUUUGGAUUGGCCAGUCAUUUCUUCUUAAUUAUUUUUUUUGUCAUUCCCUUUCCUUUCUGUUCUGAGGUGACGGUCGGGGUUUGUGCCGGGGUCCUUCCUUACCGACAACUUGGGCUACCAAAAAGUCUGCAUCGGCGGUGUCGGUAAAUAGUGCCCUUGGUGAGUUUCUUCUAUUCUUCUAGACUGUCUUUCGAACUGUCCUUGGCGUUUGAGGCCGGUGGGAACCUGGGAGAAAUUAGGCACCGCGUCUCCGAUCUUAGUCUCGAGUUGUGGUUGGCAGUAUUUGAGAACAUGACAACUGACAGUGGGUAUUGGGGUUUAGGAUCAUCUCCGUAUUCGUCCUUUCUUUCCACCCUCACCAUAACAGGUCUGGCCACAAAGAAUAUCACUCUAGAUAAUUUCAAAGAAAAGGAUCCUAGCACUCACUACAUCCCAAAAGAAAAAAAAAAGAAAAAAAGAAUAUAGAGUGAAGGAAGUGGGGGAGACUUAGUCGUAUUCAUCAUCAGCAAACUGGAGUGUCAGGAGACAAAAGCCCGUGUGGCUGUGGUUGUGGAGGUUCAAAGAGACGAAGACACUGGCAUAAUGACUGCUACGCUGAAUGGGAUGUAUAACACAGCCCCAGAUACUCCGUCGCCUGUUUAUCCGGAUAGGCUGAUCCGUCCCCUUCCCAAGCGUACUCUUCGCUCUCGGCUGUCUUCCGAGGCGGCCGAGUCCAUCCUCUACCCCCCGGCUCCCCCAGCGACACAACUGUUCUACGGAACGUGUACAGAUAAUGGAGAAGCUGUGAAUGAGUCUAAGGUUUAUGUACAGCAGUGUGACGGCCCUGAGCAGACCCCUGAGCGCGACCACCACCACCCUUAUGAGAACGGUUUUGACGCAGAGAGCGGCGACGAAGAUGGCCCAGUGGUUGUGCGCCGCAGUGCUGGCUUUCGUGAAUCGUCCUCGUCCCCGACGAUGCCACCAGGACACCCGGGUAACGGACCACGGACGCAAAUCAAGUCAUCCUCGGCAGGUCCCGACGGGUACGAUGCCUUUGAGAACACUAACAAUAAGAAGAAACGCAAGAUCCCCACACCGGGAACUCUGGCGGGUCACCACUCCACGCUCUCACCUGAAUUUUCCAGCAUGGGCCUCGCAAGCUCCGCACCUACAUCUGGGGAAGGAAGUCAUGUGAGUACUUUCUAUGGCACUGGGAGUCCUGCAUCCCCAGUGUCCAAUGGUCUUUCCGGUGCGGGGAGAGGGCGUCUUGGGCGUCAUGGCGCUCGUAGCAGCACAAGCAGGGCUUCGCUGUCUCUCCAUACUCAGGUUAGUUGGCCACAAGGUCGGACGUCAGGUCGCCGCGACGGGGUUCUGUCUUCACCAGUUGACUCUGCAAAAUCUGAUCAAGGAAUCAUUUCUGCUGCUAUAGCCAAUGCUGCAGCCUCGGCAUUCUCCUCGCCUCCUCGAGGAUCGGGAAAUGUUAGCAUGUUGGAGCAACAGACUACCACUCCCACAAAAACCCAGUUUACCUUCACGUGUGAGUCCGACUCAUCGAAGGGUAUGGCACUGCAAGCGCAGAGUCCGUAUCCCGCACAUCGUUCACCCACUUCCCUACCCCCGGCUGCACAGAACCAGAGAGGGUUCUCUACACAAGGAACGCAGACCAGCCCCAACGCCGUUUCCCAGAUAGAUCAGCAAGGACAAUCGUCACACCGAGCUCCAGGGGCCGAUCCGACAACCGCAGGUAAAAAGAAGAAGCGGUCACCUGGGAGUAUCUACGCCUUGGCUGCACGCCAGCGAAAGAUCCAGCAGCAGUACGCUAACCUUCACCACCCACCGAGCAUGGAAGACAUCUGGAUUUGUGAGUUCUGCGAAUAUGAGAGUAUCUUUGGUCGUCCCCCAGAGGCUCUUAUUCGGCAGUACGAGAUCAAGGAUCGUAAGGAGCGGAAGCGAUUGGCAGAGAAGAAAAGACUACUGGAGAAAGCGAAGAUGAAAGGUCGGAAGAAUAAGAAGGCGACGAAGAGCGCGACGAAGAAUGCGGCGGCUCAACCAGCGGCGUAUGAUCAGGGAUAUGACCGGGCGUCUGUCGAUCAUUCCUCCAUGGGUGGGGCAGGACUGCAUGACGAUGACUAUAUAGCAAAUGAAGACGACGAGGAAUCAGUUUCUGCACCACCCCCAGCGCCGCCUGCACCCCCGACGUGCUUUAAGGCUCCGCUACCACCGGGGAAUCAGACCACGGCCACAGCCGGCGCUAAAACUGCGACAGACGGGGGGACGACUCGACCACCCUGACAACUAAAUGCGCGGCCCACUGGUGUGGAGUGAUGUUUCACCCUUGAGGCCGUGCUUCUUCGUUUCCUUUGUCAUCUUCGCGUUAUUGUUAGUCUUGGUUUUUGCAUGAUCGCAUCUUAGCCUUUGAUCAUUCUUCUUUUUCAGCAGCUGGUUGCAUAAUGAAUCCCCACUCAGAGAUAUUGAUGAGCAUGAUGUCGGCAGUGUAAUGCACGGAUUUCCUGGCUACUGGUUGUAGACCAGGCUGGUAUUCGGUAUCGAAUUAUUUUUGUUAUGUAUGACGGGCAUAGGGAGGAACAAUGAAUUGUUGGGAUGUGUCCUUCGUCUUGGCAGGAGCACAGGUAAUCAUGGAUGGAUUGCCAUUGAUCAGCGAUUGAGAAAUGGACGUUUGUAUGUAUGUAUGGUUAAUCAUGACAAGCAUUAUCCUCCAAUCAACUAUCUUCUGCAGUCCCAAAUUUAGACCAUUGAUGACGGUCCACCCCAGCGCUUCCCCAAUCAUCAUCCAAUCCCAACCACCACCCAUUCUUCAGCGCCUACCGAGGAUGUACAGACAACAUCCAAAACCUAAGCAACAUCACUAAGCGCGCGCAACCUCUCCAACGACCCCAUAACAAAAUCUCCAUGUUUCAGCAUAGGAUACAACCCCCCAAAUGAAUGGACAGGAACUGCGCAAACUACU